AUGGACUUGCAACCCGUCAAGGUUGCAUCGGCACCUCUCACUUAUUUUCUGCUGAACAGCCUCCACGUGACUCUUUUUCCAUCUCACUCUGGCCUUUCCUACACAAACUCCUCCUCCAAAUGUGGACUUGUGGUAUCAAAUGGGGUUGAGACGCAGAUCUUGGUGGUGCGGGGUCAAAGGGUGAAGAUCACUGAAGCGUACAACCGCGCCGCUUUGUUCAACUACACUUCUUCCCCUGACGACCUGUCCCUGUGGCUGAGAGAGUUGCGCCACAGUGACUCAGGUCACUAUCGCUGCGAGGUGCAGCAAGGCCUGGACGACACCAGCGACAUCAAACAGCUCACAGUCAAAGGUGUUGUGUUCCACUACAGAGAUUCUUUGGGCCGGUACGCCUUCUCCUUCCCGCAGGCCCAGAGGGCUUGUGAGGCCAUCGGUGCACAGACUGCGACCCCCGAUCAGCUGCUGGCAGCUUAUUAUGAUGGAUACGAGCAGUGUGAUGCAGGCUGGCUGGCAGACCAAUCUGUCAGGUAUCCAAUCCAAGUGCCCCGUGAAGCUUGUUAUGGGGAUAUGGAUGGACAACCAGGAGUAAGAAACUAUGGAACAAUGGAGCCAGAUGAGUUAUUUGAUGUCUAUUGCUACAUAGAACAAAUUGAUGGAGAGGUGUUCCACGAUGCUGUCCCCCAGCAAUUAACGUUUGAUGAAGCACAGUCGUACUGCAGGAGUUCAGGGGCCGAGCUCGCAACUACAGCACAGUUGUACUUGGCGUGGAGUGAAGGCCUGGACCACUGCAGUCCCGGCUGGCUGUCUGACGGCAGUGUGCGCUACCCCAUCAGGACACCUAGAGAGCGCUGUGGCGGCCCCCAGGCAGGCGUCAAGACAGUCUACCGGUUCAGCAACCAGACAGGUUUCCCAGAAGCUUUCAGCCUUCACGACGUCUUUUGUUUCAAAGAAAACAGAAAAACCUCUAGUGACUCUCCAUUGGACUACAUGGCCACCGAAUCCGAGGACAUUGCACAAAACGUUGUUAUUCUUAUGGAAAGAGAUCAAGAGCUUCAACUAAAUCAGCAAUCAGAACAAGUGGAACGAGAGGUUCUGAGUGUACUUGAGUCUUUGCCCUUUUCUUCUGGCCCUUUUACUGUAGAAAACCCACUCGACACAAACACAACAGAUAUAUCAGACACAAUAGAGACUCCCUUCAGUCCAACGUCUGCGCUGGAUCUCCUUGGGCCAUUUAACGAAACUUUGGAAUUGAGUAAUGACACCCAGCCUUCUACAGCACUGAUAAAUACUACCAUUAGCAGCACAGAGACAUAUGGUUCACCACCGAGCACUGCACUUCUGCCCAAUAUUUACAACGAGACAGAUUCCCAACAGAACCUGACCUUCACUUUUCACCACUCUGAGUUUGAAACGACCGCAUAUGACCAUCUCACAGAAAACCAGACUGUGCCAGAAUCAAAUCUUGAGGAUACCACACAGCCAUCUGAAGAGCUGAAGCAACCACAAGAAAUGUACGAGACCAACUUCACCACUGACGGAUCAGUUCAACCAACCAACGACAGUGAGACACACAGCAGCCCUACUAAAGAAGGUUUCUGGGAGACGGCCACUUGGUUCCUGAUCCCAGUCAACAGUGAGGCACUAACCUCAUCAUGGGUCGCCAUAGAUGGAUCUGGAGAUACUUCCAAAGAGAAAGACACAGAAGUGGAAGCUGUCACCUUCCCCUUCAUCUCCGCAUCACAGUCUUCCGAUCCUGACUUCACUACCCACCCACCUUCUUCUAGUUUGGAUAGCAGAGCUCCUUCUACACCUCAGACUGUAUUUCCAGAUCCGACCCUCUCAUCCGGCUCGCACCAUAUGGACAAACUGGGGUUGGAAAUCAUCUCCAACGAAGAACAACUGUGGGAGUCCUCCAUUUCUAGACAGGAAGGAAGUACAAGCUUAGAAACUGGAGAUAUGCUAAACGUGGAAAAUGAGGAAAAACAGCUGCAUGCAACAACAUCUGUUGACCACUUAGUUUCUAGAUUAAGUUUAGUUACCACUGAGUCUCCAGAGAGCUUGAACACUUCUCCGCCAUCCACUGAAUACGCUACAGCACAGUUUCAAACGUCAAAUUACAGAGUGUAUUUGGAUACUGUGACCAAUACUUAUGAAGAAGCAAGUGGAUAUGAACCUGAGACAUUUAAUUCCACACUUCAAGAGGACAUUAAAAUUGCUUCAACCCAUGAGGAAGAAUUGAAUGUUUCCUCAAUCACGGAAGAGGAAGUGAAUGUUUCCCUUUCACUACAAAAAGAAGUUGAAGUUGCCCCAACCCUUUACCUUGAAGAGGAAUCUAAAGUUGCCAUAAUAACUGAAAAAGUAGUAAGCGUUGCCCCAAAUUAUGUAGACGAAGCCAGAGUUUCCCCCACAAGUUCUUUUGAAGAAGGUACAAGUGUUGCCGCAUCUCCUGAUGUAGAAGAUGAAGCCAAAGCUGACCCAACCCUUUUCCAUGGAGAAGAAGCCAACAUUACUUCAACUCUUGCCCCUGAGGAAGAGGUCACAGUCAUCCCAAUCCUUUUCUUUGAAGAAGAAUCUAAAGUUCCCCAAAUCACUGAAAAAGUAGUUAAUGUUGCCCCAACUCAUGAAGGAGAAGCUAAAGUUGUCCCAACAAGUGUUAUUGAAGAAGGAACUAGUGUUGCUGCAACUACCGAUGUGGAAGAAAAAACCAAAGUUACUCCAAUGCUUAGCAUCAAGGAAGAUGCUACAGUUGCCUCAAUCCUCAUUAAAGAUAUUCAAUUUGCCCCAACCCUCACAUUUGAAGAAGAAUCUAACGUUUCCCCAACCCUUGUCUUUGAUGAAGAAAACAAUGUCUCUACAACCCUUGAUCAUGUAGAGGAGGCUGAAGAUGCUUGGCCAACUGUCCUUGAAGUAGAAGGCAAGGUCACCCCAACCCCUGAUCACAAACAGGAAGCCAGUGGGAAUCUACUGGAUGUCUUUGAAGAAGAAGCUGGAGUCACCACGACCCCUGAUUAUGAAGAGGAACCUAAUGGUACUCUUCCUGUCCUCCUGGAAGGAGAAGCUAAGUUUACCCCAAUCUUGGUAACGGAAGAAGUAAAAAUUGGCCUUAUUAUUGAAGAGGAAGCCAAUGUUACCCCGACCACCAAGGACUUUACCUUGUCUCCUCUCGGCUCUCAGACAUCGGAGUGGGCUCUGCUGAGCACCACAGCGGGACACACAGCGUCUCUGAAAGAUGUUGAGUUCAGUCAAAAAACCACAGCCGCUUCAGAUUUAUACAUGAGUACAAAGCCUACUUCUGCUGCCGCCAAGCUGAUCUCCGACACCACCACCACCACCACUACCACCACACAGUGGUCCAGACGCACCUGGAGCCCCAAAACCACAGCUCCAAAAUUCUUCCACAAAACGGCCGAGCCGCAGACGGUGACCCGUGUCAUCCCAGCGGUGGAUCACGGUCGGGUUGAUGCUGAGAUUAGCCUCACCCAGCCACCCACCCUGCUUAUCUUGCCCAAUGAGAGGGCAGCUGUAGGCGGUACAGGGAAAUCCUCAGAUGCUUGCAUGGAUGACCCCUGUCUCAACGGAGGCACAUGCACUGAGCGGGACGGACAGAUUCAAUGUCUGUGUUUGCCAACGUACGGAGGAGACCUGUGUCAAACUGAUCUGGAGGGAUGUGAACCAGGCUGGAAUAAAUUCCAUGGUUUCUGCUAUCGCCACUUCAGCCAGCGUCUGAGCUGGGAGGUUGCAGAGCAGCACUGUCGCAUGGUGGGAGCUCAUCUGGUCUCCAUCAUGACCCCUGAGGAGCAGGACUACAUCAACAGCAACUUUAAGGAAUACCAGUGGACCGGUCUGAAUGAUAAGACCAUUGAGGAAGAUUUCCGCUGGUCAGAUGGAAACCCAUUGCUGUAUGAGAACUGGUACAGAGGCCAGCCGGACAGCUACUUCCUGUCUGGAGAAGACUGUGUGGUGAUGGUGUGGCACGAUAACGGGCGCUGGAGUGACGUACCCUGCAACUAUCACCUUGCAUACACCUGUAAAAAAGGGACCUCUUCCUGCGGUCCGCCGCCGAGGGUACGAAACGCCUCCAUAUUUGGAAAAGCUCGACAGCGAUAUGAAACCAACGCAGUGGUGCGUUUUCAUUGUGCGGCGGGUUUCCAGCAAAGAUUUAAUCCCGUGGUCCGGUGUCUGUCUGGAGGUCUCUGGGAGAGACCCAAGAUCCUCUGCUUACCUGAGGCCGGAGGAUUCCCCCAGCACCCUGACGUGGCGUCACAGACCGACAGUGACUUUGCUGCAGCUGAAAACGAGUUUGAGGCCACAAAAGAGACACCUCAGUACUGGGACAUCAAGUUUUAAAAGGCAUCUUUUUCGUCUUGUUUUCUACAAUUAUUUUACGGUAACAUGACAAGAGGUAAGGAAUCAUAACACAAGCAGGAAAAUGAACCACAGAUGAAUGAAAGCUGAAGCUUCUAUUAAACCAAUGAGACUGAGAUCGAGCCAAUGCUAAAAUCUUUCCUUGGUAUCCAUGGUUACAAAGAUUGUAACAUGAAACUGCAGUAAUUGGCAUUUAGUGAGUUCCAGAUUACACGUUUCGACCUGCAAAGAGUAAAUAUGUGAACUCUAAAUAAUUGUAUCAGCCCUAAACUGGUAUUAAUAACACUUCAUUGUGUUUUGUUUAAUCAAAAAAUAAAGUGGUGCUUAAGUCUUCAAAACUCUUUUAAAGUAUCUGGUAGAUUAUCUGUUGUUUUGUUUUUCAUUUGGUAGAUUUUUUUUAAUUGAUUAAUAUUAUUAUUGUAGUUAUUAUUGUUGUGACAUGUUGCUGAUUUCUCCCAAAAAAAUCCCACAACUCCAAAGUGAAUUUUAAACAAAUGACCAAGAAAUAUUGUAUAUAUAUUUUUCAAAGCUUCUGUCAAGUUAAAAACUUUGAUGUCAAGAAGAUGCAGUUUUGUUCAUCAGCUUUAUGUUGUAAUAAAGUUUUGUAGAACAGAACAAAGAAUAAAUCAUUCUCCUCUUUUACCC